GGUCGCGCUGAUCCGGCUUUCCUGUUUCGGCAAACAUGGCGCUGAGAGAGCUGUCCUCGCUGGAGAAGUGCCUGGGCCUGAAAAAGCCGAAUAAAUACAGCACGCAGGGAGAGCGGAAGGUCCCUGUUCUGCAAAACAACAAUGGCCCAGCAGUGGUUGGUCUGGUGACCAUAGCCUCCAGCCUGGUCCGAGAUGCCAAGAAGACAGAGCUGCUGGGGAACACUGCUGAGCAGAGAGCGGUGGUUCAACAGUGGCUGGAGUACAGAGUAACCCGUCUGGAUAGCUGCACUAAAGAUGAGGUCAAGGUCAUACUUAAGGAACUUAACCAUUACCUGGAGGAUAAGGUGUAUCUGGCUGGGAACAGCUUUACUCUGGCAGAUGUUCUGAUGUACUAUGGCAUCCAUUACAUCAUUAUGGAGCUGGCGGUUCAGGAGAAGGAGAAGUAUUUAAACGUGACCCGGUGGUUUGACCACAUCCAGCACUACCCGGGAGUGCGUCACCACCUGCCCCCUGUGGUAGUUCUCAGGAACAGAGUGUACCCCAGCGGCCAGCACUGACCCCCCGCCCACCUCUGAUACCAGGCAGCGUGGUAAUUGUGGCCGGGCCUUGGGGCCUCCAUCCUUACCCCUUAUCCUUCACUGCACUGCCCUCCCUGCAAGAUAGGCUUUCUGGAGCACAACACUGGGGGCAUUUCAGAUGUUUGGGGCAAGACAAACGGACUGCCUGAAUUGUUAGUUUUCUGUGUCUUUAUGUAUUGAGUUUUUGUUUUUUGUUUAUUUUAUUUUUUUCCCUUAAGUUUUAACCUUGUGUGUCACAUUGUGGUGAGUGUAUUUAUAAGGGAUGGAAUACAAUAGUAUAGUUACAUACAAAGGGAAAAAAAUGGGCAGGUACUGAUUAUUAAUAAAUUAACUUUAUUAACAAUUAAUUAAGCAGGAAGGUAAAGAUGAAGGAGAAGGCAGAAGAAAGCACUAAUAUAACAGUCAGCUAGGUGUCUACAGAGGAACAAGGACUUGACGAGGCAAAAUAUUUUUUUUUAAAUAAAAUCUGGAUAAGUGGCUUCUAACGACAGAAUACAACACUAUUUAUUAGUGGUCUGGGUGUAGAAACAACACAAAAUGAGUCACUGCCUGACACCAAUCCUUACAACUAAAAUCAAUACUGCUUUUUGAGAAUUUAUACAGUAUUGCAAAACUAAAUAUUGCAAUACUAUACAAUAUUAAUAUAAUUAAUGUACUGUAAUUGAAGCAGGCUUAGACAUACCAAGACCUUUAAAUACAGCAAAAUUCGUCCAUUUCAUUCUGUCCGAGUCUACUUUAGUUUUUUUUUUUUUCUUUCCCACUCCUUCCUCUCACGCUCGUUCCCCUCUCAGCAGCAGUACCAGUAGUUGUGUGGGCAGCGUGGAGUGGUUAGCCCGGCUUGGCAUGUUUGUGCUGUGGGGCAGAGGGCAGGCUACCAGCUGCAGCGGGCAAGGCAGCCUCCACAACUAGCCAGCUGCCGGCAGCGACAACCACGCACUAUACGUCAUUUCACCCACAGUCCCCUGCUCUGCUGCCCUGGGCUGGAAAAUCCUAUUGUGACACAACACUCCAGCAGUUUUUUUUUUUCUUCUUUCCAGCUCAAUCCUACUGGGUACUGGCGGAAGCAUUCGCAUUUUCUAUAGCGUGAAUAUAUAAAGAUCUCACAUAUACAGUUCCAGUUAAGUCCUGAGUUCUCAGUUCAAGACAAGGUGCUUUCUUUGAGCUCGUUGUUACAUAGGAUAUUGUAUGUGUAGAUAUUAAUAUUGAAAAAGAAGAGAAGAUGAAAUUUCAGGGGCGCGCAGCUCUCAUACAAAGGGAGAUUUAUUGUUUAUGAGCUCGCGUGUAUUUGAAAAAUGUCGUCUUGAUCAGAUUUGAGCCAGUUUCUUCAAUGCGCACCAUGUGGCCAGGCUGCUUUGGAGCCAUCCUGUCCGCAGUCUUUGUGCUGGAAAAUCCUCUGGUAAUGAAAGUUGGGAAAGCAGUCCCGUUGCUCGUUCACCUAUCUGCUGUGCAUAUGCUGACAAACAUCCCUCUGUUCUUUUUAUUGUAUUUCCUCUCACGUAAGCCUCCUUUAUGAAACGCUGCUGCUCCCAAGCCCAAGUUUGUUAUUUAAUGUCAACAGAAACUUGUCUUGUGCCAAUAAACGGAAGAAAAAAGGGAAAUCACAGAA